AUGGAGGAGGAAAAUCAUAUUAUCGACCCAGACGGCGAAGUGAUAAUCAUCGUGCAUAAUCCCAAUGCACGUUUCGCUGUCUGGCAUGAUGAGAAUGCUCCAGCUGGAGAGUCUGCCGAGCCCCAAAAGUUAGACGGAAUAGCUUAUGAGCCCAUGUUCCCGUCUGAUAGCCACUCUGAUGCUUCGAAUGACGAGCCAGUCAAUGGUUCUGUCGGAAAGUUGGCCAGGAUACCGUCUGAAGCCGACGUCCGUAUUCAAGUGUCGGCGAAGCACUUGAUGCUGGCCUCUCCCGUGUUCAAGAAAGCUCUGACUGGCAAAUGGAAGGAAGGUUCAACUUUUGUUGGUACCGGAUCAGUCGUGAUUACCACUGAGGGCUGGGAUGUUGAGGCCUUCUUGAUUCUCCUUCGAAUUCUUCUUUGCCAGCAUCACAAACUCCCAAAGAGGGUGAGCCUCGAGCUCGCUGCUAAGAUCGCUGUUCUUGCAGACUACUAUCAGUGCAACGAUCUCGUCGGGUUCAUCCGCGAUGCGUGGAUUACCUGUCUGCGGGAAGAACUUCCAGUUACCUACUCACGGAACUUGAUCUUGUGGCUGUGGAUUUCUUGGUACUUCAAUAUGCCCCUGAAGUUCAAGAAAGCGACCUCGGUUGCCAUGUCGCAGAGCAAGGAUAAGAUCGAUGCACUGGAGCUGCCGAUUCCAGCGCGCAUCAUUUAUGAGAUGAACCAGAAAAGACAACAGGCUAUAUGCAGGAUUAUUCUUCAACUUCAGCAAGAACGUGAUGCGUUCAUGACAGGAACUAAAGGUUGCAACUUCGAGUGUCGGUCCAUCAUGCUUGGUUCUCUCACGGGGCAAAUGUACAAAAAGGGCCUUCUUGAGUCAGAGGUCAAGUUCUAUUACAAGGGUUGCAAUGUCCAAGACUUGACCAAAUCUGUCCAGUCAUUUGUUGCCCCCAAGUGGAGGCCUGCAGCUUUCAACGGCCCAGGGGGAUACGCCAUUCACCAAUGCCCCCACAGUUCUUUUUCUCUACCGAGUGGCUCAGGCAAUACAGUGGAAGGGCUCAAACUGAAACAGUUUCUUGUCAAUUGA